AACUACCACGUUGCAUUAGCAAAAGUAUUGGUUUUAAUAAUAUAAACCGCCAAGCAUUAUUUUUUAAUGUAAAGACAUUUUCAGCAGAUUAAAAAAGAAAAUUAAAGAAUUAUGGGAAAUCUAUGCAAAUCAGAUAAGAUUUUUCCAUCCAGCAGGUCAUUUAUAGUAAAAUUAACCCACUGGUAAAAUGUGUUUUUGUUCCCCUUUAUUUCACUUGCAUCACGCUACACCUCUUUCGCGUCGAACUAGGUCAGUCCCCGGCCCUCUACUACAUAUCCAGUACAGGUGAGGGAUCUGUCCGAAGGAUUGUAGCUUUUUUAAAUGCAUCCACAUAUAGCGGAGUUCAUUUACGGGGUUUAAAUUUAACAGCUUAGCUUCUUGAAAGAACUGCUUGUCUAUCUUCCGCAAAAACUAAUCUCCGUGAAUUUAUUUUUUGUUGUUGUUUUUUCCAUUAAAACUUUUAUUUUUUUCCGAAAAUGUCUGUCCAUAUGUAGGUGUAGACUGCACUUCAUCUUUCCGACAAGCAUCAGCUCGUUUCCUUGACUAAACUAUGGGUAAUAUUUAAAUAACACGAUCUUUAAAAUUCAUUUUCAUACAAAAAUGUUUGUCGAACGCAAUUUUGCUACCUUGAGAAGAAUUCGUCAGUGUGUCGAAAUUUCUAUAAAAAGUGCCCCAUACCUGGGAAAUAACGAAAAUGUGGUAAGUGACUUCUUAACGUAAGUUUACGCGACCAAAAAUAGUUUGCUGAAAGCUUCCCGCUUCUAUAUUUACGAGCGCGUAUCAAAAGUAUUUCACAACGACAAACGAACGAUUUUUUUUAAAAAAAAAGAUCAAUAAUAAAUAACGCAUUUAGAACAUUCAAAGAAAAAAGUAAAUAAAAAUUGAAUUAACACAGAAAAAGUUUCGCGGUUUGCACGCAAAAAUAUUUUCAUCAGUUUUACUUUGUGAAGAUGAAACUGAUUCGUGUUGUAUUGAUGUUAUUGUCAUUGCUGGGCAUUGUAUUCCUCAUAAUAAGUACUGCUGGUACAGCUUGGGGAAAAGAUGAUUCUCAGACAAAUUUUAACGAAGCGGUAACGGAUAUAGGACUGUGGAAAAGCUGUAGAGGAGAAGUGUGCACAGCGUAUCUCGAAGAGGUCAUAGAAGGUUGGUGGUUUGCCAUUCGAGUUGAAAUGAUACUAGCUAUUAUUAUAUCGUUCACUGGAUUUAUCUUGUCUAUGGUCAUGAUUGUGAGGGAGUCGGUGAAAGGUUACUACCUAGCAGGUUUAUUAGCACCAGCGGCUUUUCUUGCGUUUAUUGGUGUAUGCACGUGGAUGAGUAAAAUCAACAAACCGUACAAAAUUGGGUAUAGUUGCGUACUUGGUGUGGUAGGCGUGGUUAUCUUGGUUACCGCCAUUAUUGCGGCAAUUAUAAGUACAUGGCGUAUGAAGAAACAGCAGAAUUCUUCAUCAGCAGCGCUGAUGUAUUAAAUUGAAUUUCAAGGCUAUCAACCUCGUUCUCAGGUUAUCUUGGUAUUUUUGUGUGUAUGAGAAGAGACUAUCGAUGUCGUUAAUAAA